GUGGCAUAAAAACCAAAUUUCUUUCCAAAAUUUGGUUUAUUUUAACGAUCCUUGGCGCUUAGUGUUACUGGUUUCAACUAGAGUGGCUAGUUGUGGUGUUCUUAGAUUCGCCUAGCAAGUUAUUGGACGAAGAAUCCGCAAGAUUUGAGCAGAAAUGUCGCUUGGAAUUCGAUCUCGCCUGAACUUCGAAAUGAAUGAGUGCGUUCAAACGUUAUUUUCCCCGCCACCUAACGGCAGGAGUUCUUUUACAACAAUAAGCGAAGAAACUAGAGAAAACCUGGAUAUGUUUGACACGUCUUUCGAGUCGACACCUGACUGGGGUUCCGAGCUUUUAACGCCAACAUCGAGUGAUUCUAGUCCAAGUUUUAUGGAUUCACCCUCAUCACCAAGACGGAUGUCACAACGUGAGCCAAUCAGAAGGACUCCACCUAAUUCUCCCCCUUCCCUUCGUGCCCUGAGACUGUUCGACACCCCACAUACACCUAAGACUUUACUAGAAAGAUCUAAGAAUUUUGAUGUUGUCCAACCCGAGAGCCCCGACAUACGAAGUACCCGCCCAAAGAGGUUUGCCUUAAAAUCAAAGCGAUUAUUGGGUGAGAGAAAGCCCUUCUCUGAGCCAAGGAACCCUGGCGGGCGUGGACAAAUUGAGGCAAAUAUUAAUCCAUUCACACCGAACCAUAAUGAAAGCACAAUACAGAAACAUAAAAGAAGCCGUAUGAAUCUUGAUGGUGAUGACCCGUUUAAUGAAGUUGAUGUUGAUGCUGAAAUUCUUGGAAAUCCUACUAAGAAACUUCACUUACGUGACAAUAAUAUCUCAAGAUACAACGCUGAAUUUGUCGAACUUAAAGAGAUUGGUUCUGGAGAAUUCGGAUCAGUUUUCAAAUGCUUGAACAGAUUAGAUGGAUGUAUUUACGCUCUUAAACGAUCAAAAAAGCCAGUAGCUGGUUCCAUUGAUGAACAAAAUGCCAUCCGUGAAGUAUACGCUCAUGCCGUGUUGGGUCGUCAUCCACAUGUGGUUGGAUAUUACUCUGCCUGGGCUGAGGAUGACCAUAUGUUGAUACAAAAUGAAUAUUGCAACGGUGGUAGUCUAGCAGAUGUUAUCGCAGCAAAUGAAUCGCAAGUGAAAUUCAUGUCCGAACCUGAAUUGAAGCUAUUAUUAUGUCAAGUUUCUCAGGGAUUGAAAUAUAUCCAUUCAUUAAACUUGGCCCAUCUUGAUAUCAAACCAGGCAACAUAUUUUUGACAUCAGGUUCAGAGAAUGACGUAGAUUGCGACGAUGAUAAAAUGGAUUUUGAUGGAUGCAAUGAGAUUAAAGUUCAGACCUAUAAAAUCGGGGAUCUUGGUCACGUAACCUCGAUAACUGAACCAAAAGUUGAAGAAGGUGACUGCAGAUAUCUACCAGCAGAAAUUCUUAGAGAGGAUUAUGGAAAUUUACCAAAAGCAGACGUAUUCUCGCUUGCUUUGACUGCAUUAAGGGCGGGUGGAGUUCGCGAGUUACCGAAGAAUGGUCAAAAUUGGCAUAUGAUCAGACAAGGGAAAUUGCCAUCCCUAGCGCAAUGCAGUCACCAAUUCAAUAAUUUAUUAAUGAUAAUGACAGACCCUGAUCCAGUGUGUCGUCCUUCAUCAUUAGACUUAACUAAACAUCAAGUACUCUGUCCAUUUGCUAACAAAUCAAAGGACCAAUUAAGAAAAGAAUUGAACACAGAGAAAUUUAAAAACGAAGUUCUGACCAGGGAACUGGAACAGACUCGUGCAGCAAAUAAAAUGAACCAAGGACCAGGUCGGACAUCAAAUGGUCGAUUAGUGGGUCACAAAGUGAGCCGCAGUAUGAGUAUGUCUGUGAUCAUGUAGUUUUUAAUCAUCCAGCAAAUUUUAAUAUGAAUAACACGGAGUAACUUUGUAUUCAAAAUGAAUGUCUGAUGGGAUUCUAUCACUACGAUGGUCGCGCGCACCGUCAAAUCACAAUGAAUGUAAUUAUUAGUCCUUUCAGUAAGCCUUGCAAUUUUUAGAGGUAGCAGGUCGAGGGCAGCUUAGAGUUUGUCCUCCGAGAUAUAAAUUGCAUUUUUCGCGCUCAGUGCUUGAGCGGUACUGAUUUUGAAACUUUACUUCUAGCCGAAGAAAAUCAAGUUCUAUUUUAUCUUAAUGUGUUUUAAAGGAUAUGGUUGAAAAGGACUUAUUAUUUUCAAUCAGAAAUUU